GCAACCGUCAAUAUUAUGAAAGUGGCUCGACUGACAUGUUUGCCGAGCGCUGUGCUCAGUCAUUCGAGCAGUUCAGGUGACACGUUUGACAAGGCAGAACAAGAAAUUUACCCCUUCAGUAUGGAGCAUUUUACAAGGGAGGCUGAGUUCUGGAGCAGACUAAUGGAUGGCUCCCUGGGCAACAUCGAUGACCUGGCACAGCAGUAUGCAGAUUACUACAAUACCUACUUCUCCGAUGUGUGCGAGAAGAUGGAGGAGCUGCGCAAACGGCGGGUUUCCCAGGACCUGGACAUGGAGAAAGCCGAUGCCAGCCCCACGUCACUUCAGCUGCGGUCCCAGAUCGAAGAGUCGCUUGGUUUCUGUAGCGCCGCGUCAACACCAGAAGUGGAAAGAAAGAACUCUCUUCACAAGUCAAACUCAGAAGACAGCGCUGUAGGAAAAGGAGAUUGGAAGAAGAAAAAUAAGUAUUUCUGGCAGAACUUCCGAAAGAACCAGAAAGGAAUAAUGAGGCAGACUUCAAAAGGAGAAGAUGUGGGCUAUGUUGCAAGCGAGAUAACAAUGAGCGAUGAAGAGCGGAUUCAGCUGAUGAUGAUGGUCAAGGAGAAGAUGAUCACCAUUGAGGAGGCACUGGCCAGGCUCAAGGAGUACGAGGCCCAGCACCGGCAGUCAACUGCCUUGGACCCUGCCGACUGGCCGGAAGGCUCUUACCCCACAUUCGAUGGCUCAUCAAACUGCAAUUCAAGAGAACAAUCGGAUGAUGAGACCGAGGAGUCGGUGAAGUUUAAGAGGUUACACAAGCUGGUCAACUCCACUCGCAGAGUGAGAAAGAAACUAAUCAGGGUGGACGAAAUGAAAAAGCCCAGCACUGAAGGCGGGGAGGAGCCUGUGUUUGAGAGCCCCCCGGCCCUGGAUGAGCGGGCCGCCCUGUACUCUGGCGUGCACAAGAAGCCCUUCUUGUUUGAUGGCUCCCCUGAGAAGCCCCCGGAAGAUGACUCAGACCCUUUCACCACUUCUCCAUCACCCAGCAACCUGGAAGCCUGGGCCUCGGGCCGGAAGUUGGUCAAAACCUUCAGCAAAGGAGACAGCCGGGGCCUCAUUAAGCCCCCCAAGAAGAUGGGGACGUUCUUCUCCUACCCAGACGAAGAAAAGGCCCAGAAGGUCUCCCGCUCCCUGACCGAGGGGGAGAUGAGGAAGAGCCUGGGGUCCCUGAGCCACGGGAGAACCUGCAGUUUUGGAGGAUUUGACUUGACCAAUCGCUCUCUGCACAUCGGCAGUAAUAACUCUUACCCGAUGGGUAAAGAAGGAGAUUUUGUGUACAAGGAAGUCAUCAAAUCACCUACCGCCUCCCGCAUCUCUCUUGGAAAAAAGGUCAAAUCCGUGAAAGAGACAAUGAGGAAGAGAAUGUCCAAAAAAUACAGCAACUCUGUCCCUGAGCAGGACACGGGCCUCGAUGGAAUGCCUGGCUCUCCUCCAUCCUCCCAGCCUGACAGUGAACACAUGGACAAGCCCAAGCUCAAAGCCGGAGGUUCUGUAGAGAGUCUGCGGAGUUCUCUGAGUGGACAGAGCUCGAUGAGUGGUCAGACAGUGAGUACCACCGAUUCCUCCACCAGCAACAGGGAAAGUGUCAAGUCGGAAGACGGUGAUGAUGAGGAGCCCCCCUACCGGGGCCCCUUCUGUGGGCGCGCCAGGGUGCACACUGACUUCACACCCAGUCCCUAUGACACAGACUCACUCAAGCUCAAGAAAGGAGACAUCAUCGAUAUAAUCAGCAAACCACCCAUGGGCACCUGGAUGGGCCUGUUGAACAACAAGGUGGGCACCUUCAAGUUCAUCUACGUGGACGUGCUGAACGAGGAAGAGGAGAAGCCCAAGCGCCCCACCAGGAGGAAGAGAAAAGGAAGACCACCCCAGCCCAAGUCCGUGGAGGAUCUCCUGGACCGGAUUAACCUGAAAGAGCACAUGCCCACCUUCCUGUUCAAUGGAUAUGAGGAUCUGGACACCUUUAAACUCCUGGAGGAGGAGGACUUGGAUGAGUUAAAUAUCAGGGACCCAGAACACAGAGCCGUUCUUCUGACAGCGGUGGAGCUGCUGCAGGAGUAUGACAGUAACAGCGACCAGUCUGGAUCCCAGGAGAAGCUGCUCGUUGACAGCCAGGCCCUGAGCGGGUGCUCCCCACGAGAUUCAGGAUGCUAUGAAAGCAGUGAGAACCUGGAAAAUGGCAAGACUCGGAAAUCUGGCCUUCUCUCUGCCAAGUCAUCAGCCGAGUCCAGCUUGAAGUCCUUCAGCAGGAAUCAGCUGGGCACCUUCCCAACGCUGCCGUUACCCAAGUCGGUGGCCGCCCUGAAGCAGGGGGUGGAGAACAGGCUGGGCAGCGGCCUGACCCCUCACUCUGUCAAGCGCUGUGAUCAGCCCUGUGCGACUGGCUUGAAUAAAAACCGGAGAAGCCUCCCCGUGUCCAUCUGCCGGAGCUGUGAGACCCUGGAGGACCCGCAGCCUGUGAAGACCUGGCCCCGAUCCCAGUCCCUGGAUGACCUCCAAGGAGAGCCUGAUGCUGAAAACGAUGUGCCUGGCGCGGUGACAGAACCCUGCCCUCAGAUUGUACCGGAAGUGCCACAAAAGACAGCCUCCUCCAUCGCCAAGGCUCACAGCCCCCAGGGAGAUUCUGCUGUUGACAAUGCAUUGCUACUGACCCAAAGCAAGAGAUUUUCUGACCCUCAGAAAACGACUACUAAGAAACUGGGUGGCUCGAUUACAGCCACUUCAAGUGGCAUGUCACCCCCUCCGUGUUUGCAAAACUAUGAUGCUCAGCCUCCUAGACACAGUUUAACAAGGACUCCUCUUGAGGGUCACAGAAAAGGACUUGCUCUUGAAGGAACCUAUCAGCCCCCGAACACCAAAGAAGGUGAGCAGAGGGGCCCUGAGGCCGUAACACCAGGCCGACAUCCUACGCAGCCUCCACCUGUUCCUGCCAAGAAGAGCAAAGAGCGCCUGGCCAACGGCCUCCACCCCUGCCCUCCAGGUCCUAGCGCACCGAGCCUGCCCCUGAAGAAGGGUGGCUCCAGCGGCCCCAGCGACUGUCCCUCUCCUCAGGCUUCUGAGCCUCCCUCCAGGCAGGAGCCUGGCAGCCCACCAAGCUCACGGCCACCGCCCUGGCUCUCCGAGCUGCGGGAAAGCGCAAGCCUCCAGGAGCACGGUGUGAGGCUGGGCCCGGCUGUGACCAGGAAGAUCUCCUGCGCUCGAGGAGUCGAUCUGGAAAUGCUCACUGAAGACAAGUUACGAGCUGAAGGCAUCGAUCUCACUGAGGAGCCAUAUUCUGAUAAGCACGGCCGCUGCGGGAUCCCCGAAGCCCUGGUGCAGAGAUACGCAGAGGACCUGGAUCAGCCCGAGAGGGACGUGGCCACCAACAUGGACCAGAUCCGGGUGAAGCUGCUGCGCAAGCAGCACCGCAUGGCGAUCCCGAGCGGCGGACUCACAGAAAUCUGUAGAAAGCCCCUCUCCCCCGGAUGUGUUUCGUCUGUGUCGGAUUGGCUGAUCUCCAUCGGUCUGCCCAUGUACACCAGCGCCCUCACGGAAGCGGGGUUCCGCACACUGGGCCAAGUGCCUUCUCUGUCCCACACUUGCCUUCAGGAGGCCGGCAUCACAGAGGAGAGACACAUAAGCAAGCUCGUGUCUGCAGCCAGACUCUUCAAACUGCCGCCCGGCCCCGAGGCCAUGUAGCCAGGUCCGCGACGGAACUCCCUGGACAAGAGCCACCCUUUCACUGUGCUUAUGAUGCUGAUGCAAUUUCUCCUUCCCUGGACAUGCAGACCAGAUCCAGAAGAAAGGCCCAGUGUGUGGCCAGACGGAGCUCGAAACCUUGGCACGGGACCGAUGACCCUCUCUUCUCCAGAAAAGCCCCUUUGAGGAAAUGGGGGUGGUUCUCUUUGACACCCCCCUCCCCCUCCAAAGAAAAGAGGAGCACUUAUUUUUAUUUUCAGAACAUGAUAGAACCAAGAUGCCAACUUGCCACAAAUGCUGUGCCUCCGGUCUGUCUGGGUGCACUGGGAGAGGGCUGGGGGCAGAGGGAAGGGCAGCCGGUUCCGUUUCUGAUGGUGCCGUUGACCUUCGGUCUGUCACCCUGCAGUAUCCCCGAGGACCAGACAGGCUUAGCUAGGCCAAAGUAACAGACUCGGGAGUGAUUGUACAUCGGUUGACACGCUCAUUGGUUCAAAAGUAAGAAAAUCUGUCUGCACUAGAGGAAAAACAGUCCUAUUCUCCUUUAGAUAAACGAGACAUUUUAAUAAUUGCUUUCUAGCAAUCAGCUUUUAUUUGCCUUAAUGUAAGCUUUCAAGCAGUUAUCUAACUAGUGUUCACUACCCUGUAACCAUAGUUCCAAGUCUUCAGCUUAGACUGCCAUCUAACAUAUCUGGGAUGUUUCCAGCAAAAAUGGGCUUUUCUAAUGAUCUCAUUCUCCAUGGCUUAUUUUGUAGGAGUGUUUAUCUGGCACAAAUUUCACGUUGGCUUUCAGUUUUUAAACUAGCUACAAAUCUAGUGAAGAACUAUCUGGAAUUCACAAAGGUAUCAUGUGUGUAUAUGUGAGUGUGGGGGGUGUGUGGGUGCUUAUAGAACCACCUUUCAUUUUAAUCAGUUUAGUAUUGUUACCCUGUUGGUCACUGUGCUGCGGCAGGUCCAUCCCAAAACUCCGUCAUCAGAUCACCUUUGCAAAGAGUCAUUGUAAGGCUGGUUUCAGAGAGAUGUUUUAAAAAAGGGAAGUAGUUUAUGAGAUGUUUUUAAAGCUUUUUUUCUCCCCUGUUUUACAAUUAAGAUACUGUUUUCCUUCUUAUUUAGAUAAUUCUUUUCAUUCAAAUAAAGGUUCAUUUUGGAGCCAGACAUACCACAUAUUUGCCACAUAUUAAGUAUUUGCAUAUUUUCGGUUGUUUCCAACUGAUAUCGGCACAUUCUAUCCUCCCUUAGUCUGUGUCUGAUUUUACAGCAAGCAGAAGUUUAGGCAACUACACGAAUAAGGUUUCCGUUUUUAUAAGAUGACUUUGCUUUACAUUCUUAUCGUGAGCACUGUGCUAAGCAUUGAAUGUGAUUAUUUACAGUACAAAUUCAACACAAAACUCUGAUCAAAAGUUCUGUAAUAUUUCAUCUACUCGCUAAGAUAAAUGAUUUCCCUCAGGAGGGAAAAUAGUGAUUUCCUUCAUCACAAAGCCAUCUUUAGUGUUUGCUUUAUAUACUUAAAUCCAUGUUUCAGAGGAAAGAACGUUCUCAGGUGAUGUAUGUGUUCAUGCUUCGGUAUGCAUUUUUUAAAAUAAUAGACAUUCUUCAAUGAUACCUUCUGUAGGGUGCCAUGUGAAGAAGUUGUGGAAAUCUAGAAUAAAAAAGCAAAAGCUGUCGAAUUUCUAUGGCACUCUUAAAACAGCCCAUUUUUGUCACCUUGGGUUCUGACAUCCCGGUUAGCAUAGUCCAUUUGGGAAGUAAGGCGGCUGCAGUUCUGUAACCACGUGGCGGAACCGUAUUUCCCAUGGCGCGGUGGAGGCGGGGCUAAGACGGGCUUCUCACCUGUGUUUGCAGUAAGCUCAGCAUGACGUGAGGGGCCCUGCUCAUAUUUAAAGCUGAGCAAAAUGACCACGCAUAAGUCAGGUAACAGGGGAAGGAGAAAUCUUGUGUGAAUUCCCACGUUUCAAUUCCUGUUCACUGUAACAUUUUCAUUUAAGUAAAAAUGGCACCAGAAAAGGGAAUUUUCUGCGCUUGAGCUUUUGAGAAUGCCAAACCGUAUUUUUGUCACUCUUCCUUGGAAAUCAUUGCCUUUGCAUACAAACCUCAAAUUCAGGGACCACGAAUAAUUGUCGGUGGGAAGGUCUUCCUAAUCUUAAAGUUCUGAGGUGGUUUUUACUUGAUUGUGCUUUUUAAAAUCCUUUGUUUUUAAUUGUUAGUAUUUGUUGAGUCUUCUUUUGCUUUAAACUCUUAACUUGAUCUUAGAAAAAAAAAAGCCUCAGUGUUUGUGUGUGACAUUUGACUGAGGUGGAUUGGGGCUGCCUGCAGGUGUUGGGAGACAGGCAGGAGGUGUCAGCAGUAUCCAGGUUUAACCAGUUGCACUUGGUACAGGAGGUUGAGGAGUCGGUGGAAACGGUUGUCUAGGGAAAGCAAGCACAAAAGAAACCUGGAGAGGCAGUUAGGCUCAGGUAGCUACACAUCCGUUGUGUACAUUUUUGCUUGGAAGCUGUCUAGGAGGAGAUGCAGCCAGCCCCGACCACGACUGACAUUCCCACAUAGCCAAGUAGGAGAUAGAUUUCUAUGGCCUGCCUGCCUUCUUAGCCAGAGCCCGUUCCUCCCACCUGAACUGGCGGCGGGUGACAUUGGCAAUUACUGGAGUAUUGGUAAUCCGUUCCUGACAUAGCAAAGUUUGCUUUCAUACCAGCAGCAAAGGGAGUCAGUUCACCAAGUCACUGCUGCCUGUGUGUACUGUAUUCUUUACAGAAAAAUAAACCUAGUCGUCUGAGUCCAAGUUACCUUGAUUUUUAAAUUGAUAGAGAAAACAAGAAACUGUCAAGCAAGUUAUAUAACAACUAACAACAUUGCACUUUCUGUAUAUGAAAUCAGUAUUUAAAUAACUUAUUUUUCUCCAUUGCUGUUUUUAAACAUUGUAAGUAGCUGUAAUAUACCAGUACCAGUAUGUUCUCGCAAUUGCUUCAGCCCAAGAAAGCUGUGUAUUGUUUUAAAAAUUGUAAAAAUUAUUGUGACGAUUCAUUUAGCAAAGAGAAAGGACAGAAGGGUUUUCCUAUGUAUCAAAACUUGUCUAUAAUUGUCAUCUAUGUACCUAGAAAAAAAAAGUAAAUAAAUUUCUUCAGUUGAAUAUG